AUGACAUCUUCAAAAGAUUUUUCGCUGUUUUGCUAUGUGAUAUACAUGGUUUGCUCGGCUACAGCAUUUUCGGGACCAACACCGCGAGUUCGACUCACAGUUCACAACUCACAAAAGGAUGGGAAUGAGAAUGAAAGUGAUUGUCUGAUGGAACGACGACAAGUAUUUUCACAAACUGCCAAUCUACUACUAAUUCCUUACGUCAUCGCAUCAAGUCCCCAAGUUUCUAUGGCUGCCUCCCCCAUUACUCUAAAGGAUACGGACAGCUUGGCAGCCAUUGCCAAACGAAAGUUUCGUGCCAAACCACCCAAGAUUCUUCGUCGGAAACUCUCCAUAGAUUUUGCAGUCUUGUUGAUGCGAUCGUCCUACAAUGCACUGGAUUCGCUAGAUUGUGAUCAAUUUCAAAGGGAUUUCUUUUUGAUACGCAGUUCUGACUAUGAAAGCUACACGCAAGAUCUCGGUGCAGGUAUGGUGCAACAGGGAGAUUUGACGGACCCAUAUUACUUUGAUUUCAUUUCGUAUGCACAGUAUGCUACAAUCAAUAGAGAAAUUACAGUGAACCCAGCAGCAGUAUUUGAAGAGCAACAACCAAGAGAUCAAGGCGAAGACAAGCCAAUGGAGUUUGCUCCUGUAGUAGUCAAGAGAGACCCAAGCUUGACAGAUGCCAUGUUGGCUCCAGAGCAUAGCCGAAGAGUUGGUGCAACCAUUUUGGACAAGUUGGAAGAACUCUUUCAAGGAUCCGCCUCAGCUAUUUCUACCAUUGAGAAAGGAAGCAAACCUGAUUCUACACAACUUUUGGCGUCCUUGAAACAGCUCGUCAAUCUAUUCCUCCUGAGUGGAUACGCCUUUGGAGGUGACGUGUCCAUCGCAAAAGAAGGUGGUUCAUCAAUUAGUGCAACAGGCACCAACUUUUCGAUACGAUUGGAUGCCCCAGCAACCAUUUGGGGUGGGAAGGUACUUCAGUCGGAGGGAGCUGUAUUAUCGAAUAGUUUUGUGACAAAAGUUGCAGCAGAACUGAUCAAUCGAGCUGGCUAUCAAAUUUCUUCCACCAUCAAGUAUGAGGGAACAUCGGAAAAUAUUUCGAUUACGAUCCUGUAA